UCUUUCCCCAUCCAUUUUUCUUCCCAAUAUCGCUAUAUUUAUACUCAUUUCCAUGCCCAUAAGCAAGAACUCUACCCUCCAUACACAAAAACAGAGCUUCCAUAGCUUAAAACAACUCCCAAUCCAAAAACCCACUUCUAUUUUCAUCCUAAAAUCCCACAUUUCUGAGAAUUAAAGGCUAAAUCAGAAGAACAUUAGUGAAAUUUUUGAGAAGUGAUUCCAUUUUUCAUGGAUUUGUUUGGAAAUCACUCUGUUUCUUGUUCCAUUUUCUUCUUCUUUCUUCUACAAAUUUCCAUUGGGGCUUUUGGAGCUAAAUUUACGUUUGUGAAUAAGUGCGAUUUCACUGUCUGGCCGGGAAUUCUCUCCGGCGCCGGCAGCUUGAAAUUCGACACCACCGGUUUCGAGCUUCGUAAAGGAGGUACCAGGACUUUUCAAGCGCCGGCCGCCUGGUCCGGUCGGUUCUGGGGUCGAACUGGCUGCAGCUUCGAUGGCGCCGGCCGCGGUGCCUGUAUUACAGGUGAUUGUGGGUCCGGCGAAAUUGAGUGCAACGGCAACGGAGCUGCCCCGCCGGCCACACUGGUGGAGUUCACUCUCGGGUCAGGCUCUGCCAUGUCGCCGGACUUCUACGACACUAGUCUUGUCGAUGGCUACAAUUUGCCGAUAAUUGUCGAGGGGACCGGCGGGACCGGCGCGUGUGGGUCGACUGGGUGCGUGACGGAUUUAAACAGACAGUGUCCAGCGGAGCUUAAGGUGGCGAACGGCGGCGCGUGUAGUAGCGCGUGUGAAAAAUUUGGGACGCCGGAGUACUGCUGCAGCGGCGCGUAUGGUUCACCGGCGACCUGUAAGCCAACGAAAUACUCUACAAUUUUUAAAUCGGCGUGUCCUCGGUCAUAUAGUUACGCCUACGACGACGCCACCAGCACCUUCACUUGCUCCGGCGCCGACUAUACUGUCACAUUUUGCCCUUCUUCCCCAAGCCUGAAAUCGUCGACAGAUUCGCCGCCGAAGACGGCGGGAGCAGGGGCGGCUACUGGCGGAACGGUGGUGGGACAGAUGGUGCCGCUGCCAGAAAAUUCAUGGCUGGCGGAUAUGGCGAUUGGUGACUCAACAAGAACUCACCCACAUUUUGGUUUUCUUCUUUUUGUGUUGAUUUUUGGAAGCUCUUUCUUUUUUUCAUAUUCAAAUUUAUUUUCUUCUUAGCAUUAAAAAUUUAAAUUCCCAUAAUGAAAGAUGUUGAUUUGGGUAAACAAAUUGGAUUCAAAUUUCAUAUUACCGAACUUAAAUUA